AUGGCAACUUUCUUCCAGAGCGUCCGCCAGGGGUUUGGUCGGGGGUCCAACAAAAACAACAACAAUAACAACAAUAACAACAAUAACAAUAACAACAAUAACACCAAUAACACCAAUAACAAUAAUAACCCUCCGAGGUUGAAUAACGGUGCUCAGAAUCCUCCGUCAGCAGGGUAUUCAUCUCAUUCGGCUGCUCUCAUGAGUUCUCCCUCGAUAUCCUCUACCUUCAGCGUCGACAGCGUUACGAACGACAAUGAUUCAACGAAGUACUUCUUUCAGGAGAAGUAUGCCAUGCUUAACGUCAAAGGCAACUUUUUGACCCUUUGCGCUUGCCCAAAAAACGUCGAGCUUGGCGAAUGGUUGGCCCAUCAAAUCGUGGAGCAAAACCGUCUUCUCCAUGGCAUGCUCCAGGUCAUUCAAGAAAUAAAUGGGCUAACCGGCCUCCCUAUAUGCAAUGAAAACUCCUGCCCAACCAUGUCUGCUGGCCGGGCUGCUAGGAUAUCUGCGCCCAAAUUCAUAAACAGAGUUGAAAAAUGGAUCGUCAGCAAGAUCCAUGAUCCAGUCAUGUUCCCUACAGAGAGCACUCCCGUAGGAACGACGCCAAUUGUAUCAAGUGAUCCAAGCAACACAACUUCUAUCUCACCUGCAAACCCAUCUACCCAAGAUUGGAUUGGAAAGAGUAGUGGAUUCCCCCAGACCUUUUACAAGGAUUGCCAGGGAAUCAUGAAGCAAAUGUUCCGUUGCUAUGCGCAUUUGUAUCACGGCCAUUGGGAGAACCCUUUCUUCCAUAUCAACAAGCACGAGGUUCUUAACAUGUGUUUCGUGCAUUUUGUGACGGUUGCAAAGUAUUAUAAACUCGUGGCGGACAAGGAGAUGGAACCCAUGCAGCCCUUGAUUGACAUUUACAUCAAGCAGGAGAAGAUCCCUCCAGAAGCCCUCGCUGGUCACUGGGCUCAACAAUCCUCGUUGUCGAUGCCUGCUCUUACUGCACCUUCCAAUUAGACGCUUUGGCACAAGUUACGAGGUGGGGAUGGAAAUACAAAUCAUGAUGUCUAGGGCGU